AUGUCGAAGGUGGCUGAGUUUGGUAACGGACUGGAGAGGCUCGACAAAAGAACGUUAGCAGAGGUGGAAGCGAGCAUGAGGGACGGCAAAGGCGUUGUUGUAAUAGGUGACGGGCCCGGACUAGACGAGGAAGAUUUGGAGGGAUAUAUGUCGAGCGAUGACGGAGACGAGGGGAUAGAGCUGGAGGAACACGUUUCGAGCGAUGACGGGUCCGAGGGAGGAGAGCUGGAGGAACACAUUUCGAGUGAUGACGGAUCCGAGGAACGAGAGCUGGAGGUCCAGAUGCACCAACUCUACAGGCUAUCCUUUAUCGGAUAG